UGUUACAUGGAGUGUGUGUCAGGGCUGCAGUGUCCCUGCAUAAACCGCCGACCGACUGAGGCACAGUGCAGUUUCUCUCUUUGUUAGGUGUGUGUGCAGUAGUCGCUCCUUGGAUCCUCUGUGACUGAGAAUGCGCUUUAUCCCCAGAGCGCUGUGUCAGUUCACUUCAUUACUCCGCUUUGAUAUAUUCUAUUGUUAGGUGGAGUUAUCAGUGCCAUCUCCAUGUGGAUACCAGCAGAAAUAGCGCUCAUUCCUCUUCUUCUACAGUGCUGUCCCCACACGGAAGCUAUUCCUCCUGAAUGCGACCCAAACUACAUCUUACUCCAAGAUGAAGUAUCCUGUUUGAAACUGCUCAAAACCAACAGGAGCUCCCCCAGCCCAGGAAAACAAGGAGGCUCCACUGCACACGCAACUUUAUCCACAUCCAGCUCUUCCUCUCCUUCAUCCUCCGAGCUGGACUCAUCUUCAUCAGAGACUCAGUUCUGUUCUCAACUGAAGACCAUUUUCAGUGUGGCAUCUAUCCGGUGAGUUGUAAACUUGCAACGGCUGUGUCUAACUACUGCAUCAUGGCCAACUACAGCUGGCUGCUGGCUGAGGGCCACUACCUGUACAGCCUGGUCAGUGUCUCACUGUUUUCCCGGAGGAGACAGUUGUUGUGGUACAUCAUCUUCGGCUGGGGUUCCCCAAUGAUUAUUAUGAUUGGCUGGACUUCUGCCAGGUACCUUCAUGAAGAUGAAGGCUGCUGGGAGACAAGCAGGAGUCAGUGGAUCUGGUUGAUUCUCAGAGUUCCUGUUCUGUUCUGCAUUAUAGUCAACUUGUUAUUCUUCCUGUGUAUUAUAAGAAUACUGGUAGCCAAGCUAAGGAAACCAGACAUGCCUGGCAGUGAGUUCAAACACUACAGGAAACUUGCCAAGUCAUCGUUCCUGUUGGUGUCACUCUUUGGCUUACACUACAUCCUCUUUGCUUUUCUUCCACACAACGUCAAUGACAGGACCUAUGAAAUCUGGAACUUCAUUGAGCUGGCUUUUGCCUCCACUCAGGGAUUUGUUGUAGCUGUUCUGUACUGUUUCCUGAAUGGAAAGGUGCAAAACGAGAUCCAGAGGAGGUGGCGGAGGUGGAGGCUGAAGCGGCAUCUGCAGGUAGAGCCCAGGAGACAGUGUGGCUCCAUGAGCCAGAGUGGGGGUGGCCCCACAAAUAAUCACUCUGCUCAUUAAAACAUCACCACCAAAACAUCCAGCAUGAACUUGCCCAGAUUGGGUCUAAAGGAGGCAGAGACCAGCUGUUGAUUGAGACCUGAGCAAACUGUUCAAGACCAAAACAUGCAAUAAACCAAAAUAUAUUUUUUACAAUGUAAAGACAGAAUACAGAGAUUUAGCUUAAUCAGCAAACAAUACAUACAUGCUUAAGGUAGCUUGUAGUGCUCAGCAUCAAUGGAAUCAUCCAUUUUCAGCCAUGCUAGCUGUUUUGCCGGUUCCUUGGACUUUCACUGCUGUGAAAUCCACCUACCAGACAUUCAUGGUUUCCAGAUGAUGUAUCAUAAUGACUUAAAGACACAAUAAUACAAUAAUUCUUAUAUCCAGGUAAAUAUGCUGUGGUUUUCAGUUUGUACCUUUCUCUCUAAUAUCAUUUAAACUAGCGCAGCACACACUUUCCUCCAUCUCAUCCAUUCUGCUUUUGAACAUCACCUCUGCUCACCUCUGCUGUAAAUAUUUUGUAGUGCACUUUGUGUUACAGAUUGACUUAAUUGGUGUUUCUGCACUGAUUUUUACUGGCAGAAAUAAUAGAAUAGAAUAGAAUAGAAUACUGGAGUUUGUGCUAUUAGGAGAACAGUAUGCAUACCUGUAGUAGCAACAGAAAUAAGUGUUGCAGCUGUUCCAGGUGCGUUUCCAGAUUGGGGGCCUAAAAUCUGAUUGGCGACCCCAUUAUCCUUAUCUCUUCCACACUUUCAGAGGUUUUAGCAGGCUCCAUUUUAAAGCUAUUGUGGCGAUAGGUAUCAUAAGAAAAUUAGAUUACCUAACACAUUGCCCCCGUCGCCAAGUGCUUGCUCAUGGUGGUACUGUUG